CGUAACAUUGUAAGUUUUGAGCGUCAUCAUGAGUUUACAUCACUCUUGCUUUUUUAUAUAACUACUAGAGAUCGAAGAAACAAACGGGAUGAUUGUAAACUCCUUUAAAGAGUUGUGUCGUGUUGUCCCACCUCUGUAUUCACACAAAUUUUUGUCAACAAAUGUACUUGUCCGACAUAGAGCAGCGCUGGGGAAGCAUUUACUCGGGCACUGGCGCAGCAGCACAUCUCUCGGUAACGGGAAACUGGUCAGAAAUGGCGAGGGGAAGAAGUCAGUGAUUUGUUUAGAGGGAAAUAUAGCAAGUGGAAAGACGACAUGUCUGGAGUACUUCAGCAAGACCAGUGACAUUGAGGUGUUGACAGAGCCCGUGUCCAAAUGGAGGAAUGUACAGGGAUGCAAUCCAUUGGGAUUGAUGUACCAGGACCCAACCCGAUGGGGACUCACCCUUCAGACCUAUGUUCAGCUUACAAUGCUGGAUCGACAUGUCUCGCCAAUGUCAGCACCUAUCAGAAUGAUGGAGAGAUCUAUUUUCAGCGCAAAGUACAUAUUUGUAGAAAAUCUUUAUAAAAGUGGAAAGAUGCCUGAGGUGGACUUCGCUGUUUUAAGUGAAUGGUUUGAGUGGAUCAUCAAGAACAUCUCUCUUCCUGUUGACCUUAUUGUUUACCUGCAGACCACUCCACAGACCUGCUAUGAGAGACUGAAGCAGAGGUGCAGAGAGGAAGAGAAGGUUAUCCCCUUGGAAUAUCUAGAAUCAAUCCAUAACCUGUAUGAGGACUGGCUGAUUCACCAGAAGUCAUUUCACGUUCCCGCUCCUGUUCUAGUAAUCCCUGCUGAUCAUGAUCUUAAGAAGAUGCUGCAUCAGUAUGAGGAGAACAGAGAGAGAAUACUCAUGGCUCGUUGCUCCUGAGUAAAGGAUCUGACAGAACAAUGGUAUAUCAGUCUAUAAAUAUGUUUUCAGCUCUCAUGAAGAAGGAAAAACCAAGCACUUUUGACUUCAAUCUGAAACGUAAACAUUCCUCUUGCAAUGGAAGCUGACAUGCAUAGUAGGAUUUAACAAUUCAUAUAAUAGAUGUUUUAUUUAAAUGCUGCCUGUUAUGUUUUGUGUGCUUUUCUAGUCAUUGUAGAUGUGAUUUAAACAUCUAGCUUCAUUUUUUUACCUUUGUUUGUGGAAUCAUUCCAUAUUACAUGAAACUACUGAACUUGGAAAUAUGUGUAACAGUUCUUCUGUUACAUCAGCAGAUGUUUUAUAUUCAGAAUGUUUAUUCCAGAUCAUAUAGAUGUUUAAUAUGCGAUUCAGUUACGCAAUUUACAUUGAAAACAUCACACUCAGGUCUUACAAAAUAUCCCUUUAUUUUAUUUCCUGUUCAUUUUUUUCUGUUACCACUUGAAGGUACUGUCUAUAACAAAGAGAUGUUAUUGGCCAGUUUAUGUUACUGAAGUUAUUACUGUGACCAAUGUAAUUUAUACUAUAUAAGGCAUUGUUUUAAAUAAAACGAAAACAUUGAUGAUUUUA